CACCUAGGUACUACUACUUAAGCAGUCAAGCUACGUCCUACAACAGCAGUCCUAUUGAUAGUAGAGCUCGCUUAUUUCCCCGCCAUGGCUUCCUGCUCCCAUAUUGGUUCUGAAGAACUGAAACCACCAACCCCAUCCCAAGUUGUAUAUCGAGAAGACUGUACACAGUGUUUUGACAAUAUAGAUGAAGAUCAUGGCCUCAAUGUCUGUCUUUCAUGCUUUAAUGGUGGAUGUGCCGGAGAUAGAAAUCAUGCCUAUCUCCAUUUCAAACAGUUCGGCCACCCUCUAGCACUUAAUAUCAGGAGGUCGCGUAAGAAGGUUCAGUAUGUUUGUUGACAGCGGGAUGAGCCGCCUCACAAGAUCUCAAAGCUUGCAAUUGCUGCUGAGGCAGACCAAGACCGGUAUAUUAUCAGCAA